GACCUGCUCACUCACUCACUCGGCGCUCGGCUUACCGCACUGAGAGCUCAUGUGGAUCCAACAUGGAGAAAGUGGUGUUGUCCAGACUUCCUAAGGAUGAAAGGAAACUUCUGGGAGUCAGGUCUCAGCAUGGCACGGCUGCGGAGAAGUUCACCAAGGCGUUCCUGAAGAACAGCAUUCCUCAGAUGACCAGUGUUGCGAUCGCAGACGUUCUGCUCCGCCGGGCGGUGGUGCUGCAGUAUGCCAGAGUGAAGAAGGUCAGAGGGAAAAAGACCAAAGCCAAAGGUCUGAAUGCUAAAGAGCGCAGGGAGCUGAAAGUGUUCCAGCUGAAACCGGAACAUCAGAAAUAUGAACUUUUCUUGCCGCUGCAUGAGCUGUGGAAGCAGUACAUAGUGGAUCUGUGUAACGGACUCAAACCAGGAAGUAACCCGCAGAUGAUUCAGCAGAAACUCCUGAAGGCUGAUUUUCACGGCGCUGUUCUGACAGUGGUGCGAUCAAAAUGCCCGUCGUAUGUUGGAACGACUGGAAUUCUGGUUCAGGAGCUCAAACACGUCUUCAAGAUCAUCACCAAGGAGGACAGACUGAAAACCAUCCCGAAGAGGAACAGCGUGUUCAGCGUGGAAAUCGGUGACUUCAUCACCCACAUCUACGGGAGCAGGUUCGAGCUGCGGUCCAGCGAGCGCUCGGCCAAGAAGUUUAAAGUGAGAGGAACCAUCGACUUAUGAUGAAGAUUCAGAGGAGCUGCUGGAUCUCUUUCUUUUUUUUCAUGGAUGUUUUAUAACACUGUAAUAUAUCAUUGUGAAACCUUUUCUUUUUUGCCAUUUUCUUGCUUUAUUUUUAUUUUUUGUGCUGUAAUUUAUUCUUUAAACCAGGGGUGUCAAACUGUGUUCCUGCAGUUCAGCGUUUCACUUUAUUAAAUACAUCUGAUUUAGAUGAUCAGCUAAUUAAAAAGGCCUCAAUAAGUGUGUUUACAUGCACUUAAUAAUCCGAUAACCGCAGAAAAUUAGAUUUUGGCAGUCAUCUGAUCAAUGCAUUUACAUGGGGAAAACUCAGGGUCUACAAGAGUCAGACAGUAAUCAGGUUUCUGCUUUGCAACCAGCCAAUAAACUCACAGAAGAAGGCGUGACUUAAACGUAACAUAAACCUCAAAUUUCACG